AUGUUCUCAUCACGCGCACCCGAGCCCGCCGCCGUGGCGCCUCCGGAGAUUGGUCCUUUGCUGGCCGCCGAGCUCGCUGUGGAGUACUCGUCACUCCGUGCCCCGUCCAACUGCCCCGCUGGCAUGUACCUCAUGCCCUCGUCCGAGACGCUCCUGCGCUGGGCGGGCGUCUUCUUCGUGCACCGUGGUCCUUACGCCGGCAGCAUCCUCCGGUUCACGCUCUCGUUCCCGCCCGCGUAUCCCCGCGCACGACCCAGUGUACACUUUGACUCGGACGUGUUCCACCCCCUUGUCGACCCGAAGACGCGCGAAUGGAUCCCGCGCGGCCGACUUGCCCAGUGGCAGCCACACGUAGACCAUGUCCCACACCUCCUGCAUGCCCUCAAGGCUAGCUUCAAAACGGUGGCUCUCGACGCCGUGACAGAGCACGAGGCGGUGAACCGCCAGGUCUGGUCGAUGUAUCACCACUCCCCGCAGACCUUUCUGUCUCUCACAGCACAGCGCGCUCGCCAUUCCGCGACGCGCCAGACGCUGUAUGACGAUCCUGACCCGCACGCUCGUGUGCCCGCAGCAACAACGUCGACAGAAGCACACAGCGGCAAGGUCAUCCAGUUUACCGAGUUGGAUGAUGGUGCUGUUGGACGGCUGUGGGCUGACAUGCGCCGCAGCCUCGGCGAGCAUUGA